GCGGGGAAUCACGUAAUGGCGGACUCGGGCCGGUGGAGUGCGGUUUAGGGGCGUAGCGCGCUGAAGUGGGGUUCCGACUGUGUGGCAGCCCGUGAAGCUGUGGGCUGGAGCACACUCCGUGGGGACACGGACCGGCCGGCCAGCCCUUGUUUCUGAGGGCGACUGCGCGAGGUCAGGUUGUUUUUCAUCAUUGAGAACAUUGCCUGAAGCAGGUCCACCAUGCCGUUAGUAACCAGGAACAUCGAGCCAAGGCACCUGUGCCGUCAGACGUUGCCUAGCGAUACAAGCGAGCUGGAAUGCAGGACCAACAUCACCCUGGCAAAUGUCAUCCGACAGCUGGGCAGCCUGAGUAAAUAUGCAGAGGACAUUUUCGGAGAGAUUUGUACUCAGGCAAGUGCCUUUGCCUCCCGGGUAAACUCCCUUGCUGAGCGAGUUGACCGAGUACAAGUUAAAGUCACUCAGCUGGAUCCCAAGGAAGAAGAAGUGUCACUACAAGGAAUCAACACUCGGAAGGCCUUCAGAAGCUCUACCACCCAAGACCAGAAGCUUUUUGACAGAAAUUCUCUGCCAGUGCCUGUUCUAGAAACCUAUAACAGCUGUGACGCUCCUCCGCCUCUCAACAAUCUAAGUCCUUACAGGGAUGAUGGGAAAGAGGCACUCAAAUUCUACACCAAUCCUUCCUACUUCUUUGAUCUUUGGAAGGAGAAGAUGCUGCAGGACACCAAGGAUAUCAUGAAAGAGAAGAGAAAGCAUAGGAAAGAAAAGAAAGAUAAUCCAAAUAGAGGGAAUGUAAACCCACGCAAAAUCAAGACACGUAAGGAAGAGUGGGAGAAAAUGAAGAUGGGACAAGAAUUUGUCGAAUCCAAAGAAAAACUGGGACCUUCUGGAUACUCAUCCGCCUUGGUCUACCAGAAUGGAAGCAUUGGCUCUGUUGAAAAUGUGGAUACAGGGAGCUACCCACCACCACCACAAUCAGACUCCACCUCCUCACCUUCUCCUUCCUUCUCUGAAGACAACUUGCCUCCCCCACCAGCAGAAUUCAGCUACCCUGCAGACAACCAAAGAGGAUCUGUCUUGGCUGGACCCAAAAGAACCAGCGUGGUCAGCCCAAGCCAUCCACCCCCAGCUCCUCCUCUGAGCUCUCCACCAGGCCCCAAACCUGGCUUUUCUCCACCACCUGCUCCUCCACCUCCACCUCCAAUGGGUGUGCCCCCUCCACUACCACCUAUAGGAUUUGGGUCUCCUGGGACCCCUCCGCCACCAUCACCUCCAUCUUUUCCACCUCACCCUGAUUUCGCUGCCCCUCCGCCACCUCCCCCACCACCAGCAACUGACUACCCAAUGCCACCACCUCCCUUGUCCCAACCAGCUGGAGGUGCUCCUCCUCCUCCCCCUCCUCCUCCCCCUCCGGGGCCCCCACCUCUCCCCUUUAGUGGUGCUGAUGCCCAGCCUGCUGCACCACCACCACCUCUUUCCGAUGCCACCAAGCCCAAGUCCUCUUUGCCUGCUGUGAGUGAUGCGCGUAGUGACCUGCUUUCCGCCAUCCGCCAAGGCUUUCAGCUUCGAAAGGUUGAAGAGCAACGGGAACAAGAGAAGCGUGAUGUGGUGGGCAAUGAUGUGGCCACCAUCCUGUCACGUCGGAUUGCUGUUGAGUACAGCGACUCUGAAGAUGAUUCCUCUGAAUUUGAUGAAGACGACUGGUCGGAUUAACUUUCUUCCUGCUGCCCACAUUCCUUUUUCUGUCCUUCCUACCUGCCUUCUUGAUGUCAUAACAGUCUCAUGGGGGAGCAAAGGAGGACAGAGAAUUGCAAGGGCCAAAGCUUUCCCUGGAGCAACCAAAGAUCUAGCCAAGUGCUUCCUCCAAGUCCCUAUGUACUCCUUUUCCUCUUGCUUGGCCAUGGACUCCUGAGGGUCCAUAGCUGAGCUGACCCCUCUUCUCCUCAAGUGACUGUUAACUAUUGAAAGGAAGGAAAGCCCUACAACAGUUCCCUUUGGUUGGGUUUCAACUGGAGAUAGUGCCUUCUCCUAAGAACCCUUUUAACCCAUGGCCUUCCUCAGAACCCUUCCAUUUGGCUACUUGAGAUAAUGCUGCCUCCUGGUCUUAAAGCAAUAGGUACAGCCUGUGUGGACACACCUGGUCCCUUUGCUAUACCUGAGAGUAUAGGGCAGGCCACUUGCCCUGGCAACUAGGCUGCCACCCCUCCCCCCGCCCCACACUCAGCCCUCUGCAGCAGGUGGGGCUCCUUCUGUUCAGCCUUGUCUGGAUGCCUUUGUUCCAGAAGGCAUCAGGCCCCUAAAGAAUGUCUCGCUCCUUUGCCCAGAAGUGAUGCCUUCCUGGAGGCUGGGCUGCUGCCUUCCUCCCAUGUUCCUUAGUGAGCGUGGUGUUCAGGUGUCCUUUGCAUGCCCUUUCCUCACCCCAUGUGCCUUUAGACUGCACAGCCCAGUUUUAACCUCUGAUAUUCAUGACCAAACUAGCCCUGACACACAGGGACCUGGGCCUCUGCUGACUGUCAGGAGCACCGCAGGACUGGAAGAGAAUGGAAUACCUUGGCUCCUACCCUCUCAAGGUCACACACAUAGUGAUAGAGCAGAGCCCAGGCUUCCUGUUUCCAAGUCACCUGUGUUUUCUGGGACCAAAUAAUGAGCACCUGCUGGAGUGUGGGCAAUGCAGCCCUGGCUCCAUUCUACUCCAGACCUCCCGAAUGCAGGGCUCACAGUCUGUGCCAGCCCCACUAGUACAACUUUGACACUUACAGCCUCUCUUGUAACCGUUUAUUUCCCCCUUCUAUCUCCAGCCAGUCGUGUGGCAUAGGAGCUGUGCUGGGGAACCAGAGUAGAGAGGAGGAGUGGGGCGCCAGCCUUAGCAGGUGCUGCCGCUCCCUUCCCCUUUUGUUUCCCCAGUUUAAGCAUAGGCUCUGCCAGCUGUAGAAACUUCAGUCCCUCGGGCUGGCAGCCGCAGCAGGUAACCUGCCUGGGGGGGCCUGGCAGCCAUGAAGGCUGAAAGGCAGGAGAACAGGGGUCUUCUUCCUGCCUCCCGCCUCACUGCAUGAUGAUGUUGACGCCCCGUAUACCCCCCUUCCCAGAACUAAUAUGCAGGUGCUAUUAUUCAGGAAAACGCUGGACAGCUCUGGCCAACAGCAAGCUUUCUUCUCUCUGCCCCAACUAUUGUGUGGCUCUUGUGCUGAAAUCGCCUUCUCUGGCUUCAGAACCUGAAACAAAGAGAAACAGGAUCUGUCUCUACCCAGCACAGCAAAUGGUUGCAGUAAUUGCCAAAGCCCUCAUAAACCCCUCUGGCUUGAGGAGAGUACAAUCACGGGCAUUGCCGGCUGCACUUGCUGAGGACCUCCCCUCUGCCUCCUUUCUUGAACUCUGAGGUGGUGAGCGUGCAGGUGCCAGCAGGCCCCCAUGCUGUGGCUACUCCAGGGUGCCCUGUCUGUCCCUGUCCCCUCCCCCAGCCAGUGUGGCACAGGGCUUGGCACUCCAUGCUGCUCAUGUUUCCCAUCCUGUGUCUUUCAUCAGAACCUUAAAAUGGCUGUUGACCCUGCUGCAGCCCAGCAGGGGCCCCGAGAGGCAGGGGAAGGCAGUGGUCCUUCCAGAUAGAAGUCCUGGGGCCCGGCCAGAGCAGGGCUUGUGCCUAAUGGUUUUGACUAAAUUACUCCCUCCUCCUGCUCUCCGGGAAAGGGGAGCCAGAGCCACUCAGUAUGGUUCUUUUCCGACCUUGAAGGGGCGGUAUUGGCCUGGCUUCUGGAAUGGACAGAGUCCACCAGGAAAGACUGGGGGCGGGAGGAGAUGGGGAGGGGCCCUGUCUGCGGAAGGUAGGAUUAGAUCAUUAGCUCAGUGACCUCCUAGGGUUUCGAUGUGCUGUGUUCUCAUCCUACAGCUGGUUUGGUAAUGAUCUGCAAGUCCCGGAGAGCAACAGCACAGCUCUGCCUGACGCUCUCAUUAAAAUCCAUGCAGCCAAGCUCUGCGCUUUGUAGCAGCCGGCCUUGCGGAGCCUCCUCGGCUUGGGGGGCUGGGGACCCAGUCAGCUGAGAAGUCCUCUAGGCUCUACUUAGGCGUAUGUCUACAGAAAAAUUAAAACAUGCUUCUUUAAACCCAGAGCCCUUUCAAAUAAGAAAGGACCCAUUGCAGAUAGGUGUGUUCAUGCAAUCCUGCAAUUGUGGAAUACAAUUUGCUGAUUAUUUAAGCUGGGCUGCGGCUGGUAAGCAUGUAAAGCAGUGUCCCAUAAGGACUCUCAGUGCUGAAGCCAGGGAACCACCUCCCUUCCUGGUCUGCCUGGCCCAGGGGGCCUGCCCCCAUUCCUGGGGCCCAGGGGCCCAGCUUGCAAUCGGUAGUGUCAGAAGUGACUUGUGGCUUUGCCUUGGUCCUGAGAUGAUUUCAUUCCGGCGGGGAGGGGGUCCCUGGGAGGCUCAGAGCAGCUGGCCCAAGCUCCGGCGGCUCGCCUCCAGUGGAAGCUCGAGCGCCCUCAGAAACGACCCUGGCCAAUGUCACCGCAGAGCUGGGGCAGUGCUGUCAGGGCUAAUGUGAAAUCUCUUCCCGUGGCGCCGGUGCUCCGACUGUGCAGCGCCAGCUUGGACAGAUUGAGGUCUCUGUGGCUUUGGUGACCCUGCUUAAGCAUUCCCACCGUGUCCCUGCUCUGCGCUAGGACUACCUCCUGCUGCAGCCCCUUACUUGACCCCAGGGCCUGGGGAGGGAGGCAGUGUGGCCGGGACAGCAAGCUUCGAGCUUGGCCAGUGCCCAUCCGACCUGGGACCAGGUGUCGCACAGGAAGUGCCUUCUGUGCUUCCUGCCAUGUCCACUUUAAUAGGGCCUCAGCGAAGGCCUGGAACGGUUUUGUUACUGAACUUUGCUCAGUUAAUUCACUUGAGAAACUAACCAAUCUUACUUUCUGCCUAGAACAAUGUACACAUAGGAGAGAAAGCUGUCAUGCUCCCAAAGUGCCUUGUUUUCUCUGAUAUAAAUAUAUUUAUAAGGACAUACUCCAAUAGGUUCUUGGGUGUGUUUCCCACAUCAAGAUUUUGUGAGCUAAUACAUAGUGGGGAUCUGUCUAAACAUAGACCCUUUCCCCUAAAGGUAGGGAAGGGGAUCUGAGAGGUGGAAUAAAGCCACCGUCACAGUGGCCCAAGAGCUUCCGCAAGCCGUGCACUGCUGGUGCACGCCUUUCAUCCCAGCACUUGGGAGGCAGAGGCAGGCAGGCCUGUGAGUUCAAGCCCAGUGUGGUCUACAGAGCGAGUUCCAGGACAGCCAGGACUGUUGUUACACAGGGAAGCCCUGUCUCUCUAAACAAACAAAAAGAAGAGCCACAAAAAAAAAAAAAAGAGGAUGUGUAUGACAAUGUUUCAGGUCAGGCUGGCCCUGGGCUUGCUAAGUAGCUGAAACUGGCCUUGAACUCCUGAUCCUCUUGCCUCAACCUCGGGCAUGCAUGAAUUGUAGGCCUGUCAUGCCUGGCCAGGACAACCAGGUUUUUUUCCAAGUCUGGUUUCAUUUGCUUCUGUUGGGCUCAUUGUGUGAGCCAUGUUUGUGCUCCAGUGACCUGAAAGUUUCUAUGUAACUUCAUGUAUGCACAUGAAUAGUUUAAAUGUCAGCAUUUUCAAUAAUUUGAUAAAUUCUUCAUAGCCACUCA